CACAGAUGUCCUGGCGUCCACAAUACCGAAGUUCCAAGUUCCGGAAUGUCUACGGGAAGGUGGCCAACCGGGAGCACUGCUUUGACGGGAUCCCCAUCACCAAGAAUGUGCACGAUAACCACUUCUGCGCUGUCAACACACGCUUCCUGGCCAUUGUCACUGAGAGCGCUGGAGGUGGCUCCUUCCUGGUCAUCCCCCUGGAGCAGACAGGCAGGAUUGAGCCCAACUACCCCAAGGUCUGUGGUCACCAGGGCAAUGUGCUGGAUAUCAAAUGGAACCCCUUCAUUGACAACAUCAUUGCCUCAUGCUCAGAGGACACGUCGGUCCGGAUCUGGGAGAUUCCCGAAGGCGGGCUGAAGCGGAACAUGACGGAGGCACUCCUGGAGCUGCACGGGCACAGCCGGCGCGUGGGGCUGGUCGAGUGGCACCCCACCACCAACAACAUCCUGUUUAGCGCGGGCUAUGACUACAAGGUCCUCAUCUGGAACCUGGAUGUGGGCGAGCCGGUGAAGAUGAUUGACUGCCACACGGAUGUGAUUCUCUGCAUGUCCUUCAACACAGAUGGCAGCCUACUUACCACCACGUGCAAAGACAAGAAGCUGCGUGUGAUCGAGCCCCGCUCGGGCCGUGUUCUGCAGGAGGCAAACUGCAAAAACCACAGAGUGAAUCGGGUGGUAUUCCUGGGAAACAUGAAGCGGCUUCUCACGACAGGGGUCUCCAGGUGGAACACGAGACAGAUUGCACUCUGGGACCAGGAAGACCUGUCCAUGCCCCUGAUUGAAGAGGAAAUCGAUGGGCUCUCAGGCCUCCUGUUUCCUUUCUAUGACGCUGACACCCACAUGCUCUACCUGGCUGGAAAGGGGGAUGGAAACAUCCGCUACUAUGAGAUCAGCACGGAGAAGCCCUACCUGAGUUACCUCAUGGAGUUUCGCUCCCCAGCCCCACAGAAGGGCCUAGGAGUCAUGCCCAAGCACGGGCUGGACGUGUCUGCCUGCGAGGUGUUCCGCUUCUACAAGCUGGUCACUCUCAAGGGCCUGAUCGAGCCCAUCUCCAUGAUCGUACCCCGCAGGUCGGAUUCAUACCAGGAAGACAUUUACCCCAUGACACCAGGCACGGAGCCAGCCCUGACCCCGGAUGAAUGGCUGGGAGGCAUCAACCGAGAUCCUGUGCUGAUGUCUUUGAAAGAAGGCUAUAAGAAGUCCUCGAGAAUGGUAUUUAAGGCUCCCAUCAAGGAAAAGAAGAGUGUUGUGGUCAAUGGCAUAGAUUUAUUAGAAAAUGUCCCACCCAGGACAGAGAACGAGCUCCUACGAAUGUUCUUCAGGCAGCAGGAUGAGAUCCGAAGGUUGAAGGAGGAGCUGGCCCAGAAGGACAUCCGCAUUCGGCAGCUCCAGCUGGAACUGAAAAACUUGCGCAACAGCCCCAAGAACUGUUAGCUCCCCAGUUGGGCUGUUUUCAAAGCCGAUCUCUCCGUCGUUUCUACUCGUCCCUUAACUUCCCCUUAUCCAGUGACCCCAGAGACAGAACCAGGACUGGAGCUGGGGAGGCCAGCCUGAGGACCCCACCUACC